ACAUAUCAAAAUAACCCUAACGGAGAAGAAGAUUUGUUUUUAUUUUAAUCACCUAAAUUUGUAUUCUGAGAUUAAUUUGGUUCCUGGUGCAUGAUCAUUGAAUAUUGAAGAUGAAAACCCCUGUUUCCGCUUUCUACAGAAACCCUGUCAAGUUCAGGAUGCCAACUUCGGAAAAUCUCGUACCCAUUCGACUCGACAUUGAAAUCGACGGUCAUAGAUACAAGGAUGCCUUCACUUGGAACCCUUCUGAUCCUGAUUCUGAGGUUGUGGUGUUUGCUAAAAGAACCGUGAGAGACUUGAAGCUACCUCCACCUUUUGUUACUCAAAUUGCUCAAUCCAUUCAAUCUCAGCUUGCUGAAUUUCGAUCCUAUGACGGUCAAGAUAUGUAUGCUGGAGAAAAGAUUGUUCCCAUCAAGCUUGAUCUUCGUGUAAAUCAUACGCUUGUAAAGGACCAAUUUUUAUGGGACUUGAACAACUUUGAUAGUGAUCCUGAAGAGUUUGCAAGAACCUUCUGCAGAGACAUGGGCAUUGAGGAUCCUGAGGUUGGACCAGCUAUUGCCUUUGCCAUCAGAGAACAGCUUUACGAGAUUGUAGUUCAGAGUGUGGUUUCUGCAAGAGAAAGCAGAUUAAGCAAGAAGGGUCGUCGAGGGGCUGACUUCUUUCCAGUCAGUAAAGGAGGCGCUGUAGCAGUGGACUUGGUCAAGCUAUUUGGUAUUAAAUCUAGUGUUGUCCGGAAAAGAAAGGAGUGGGAUGUAUAUGAACCCAUUGUGGAUCUUCUAUCCAACGAGGAAGUUGAUAUCCUUGAAGCAAAGGAAGAGAGAAAUUUCAGGUGAAUUGGCCCCAUAGUCAACCAUGCCUAAUCAGAUAGUUCAGUAGAAUGUAUAUUUUUAAUGUUUAUCGUUCGAGUUGUUUACAUAUACUAGUAUACUAGUUGGUUUUAUAAGACCAGUAGUCAUUGGUUCAGCGUAUUGCUAUCAUUUGCUUUUUGCAGCGCUUCUUCUCUUAUAUCUUUCUGUACCCAAAACGGAAAAAACUUUAGGCAUAAGUAUCAUUCGUCUUAGCUUGGAAAAAGAUUGACAAAAAAAUGUCUAAAUAAUUCUGACAAGUGAAAUAUGAAUUUGCAGGGGAUCCAUAAUAUUUA